GAUCAAACUUUGUUCAAAAUUAAAUAACGAAUCAUGUCAUAUGCAAGGCUUUAACGUAAAAAAAAAAGAAGAAAAAUUCAAACUAAUAUAAAUAAGUAUAGAAAAUAAUUACGCUACAUUAUUUAUAUUAUUAUAUUGAAUUAUUUUAGUAUAUUCUUGUUUAUAUAAUUUAUUAUAACAACAUAUUACUAAAAAUAUUUCAUAAAAUAGCAAAAAUUGAAAAGUUUUUUUUUUAUUAAUUACAUAGAAUUAUUAAUCUAAACAAUUUACUUUUAUCAUGAUUUGUAUUUAAAAUAGAUCAUAUAAAAAUAUAUUUAUUAAAGAAAUAUAUAUAAAUAGCAAAUAAAAAUAAAAAUAACUUUAACGAUUUUAUUAUUCAUUCUAUAUAAAUAUUAUUUAUAUUUUUAAAAAAUAAAUAUACCUAUUACUUUAAAAUUUUUUUAUUCUAUUUGAUGAGAUAAAAUAUAAUUUAUAAAUGUAAUAUUUAUGUAUUUAAUAAAAUACAAUUAAUAUAUUUAUAAUAUAUAAUUGUAUAUUAUAUCUUAUAUAUAUACAUGAAAUACAUGAAAAUAUACAAUUUAAUAAAAAGUUAGAUGAGUAUCUUAUCUUAUAAUUUUAUUAUCAUAGAAAACACACUAGAAAAUUUCACUUAACCUUUUUCUUGAUUAGUUUUAUAGAAUUUUUAAAGUUAUUUUAAAGAAUAAUUACUGUUACUUUUAUUCUAUAUUAAUAAAUAUAUAUAAAAUAUAAUAUAUAAAUAAUAUAUAUGAAAGAGAGAAAAAUAUAUCGAAAAAAUAAUGAAAAAUUAUUGUUGAAAUUAUUUUAGAUAAUUUUAGCAUUUGACAAAAUUUAUCUCUACAUUGCAUAUAAAAGUUUGUACAUAUACUUUAUAUAAAAUGAAACAUUUAACUGAAGAAAAAACAAAACUUGUUUUAGAAAAAUUAACAAAAUAUAUUGGAAGCAAUGUAAAAUUAUUAUUUGAUCGACCAGAUGGUGUUUAUUGUUUCCGAGAAAAGAAAGGCAGAGUAUAUUAUGUUUCUGAAAAGAUUUUAUCAUUAGCAAAUAUGGUAAAUCCAGAACGAUUAGCAAGCAUUGGCACAUGUUUUGGAAAAUUUACAAAAUCUGAAAAAUUUAGAUUACAUAUUACUGCAUUGUAUCAUCUGGCUCCUUAUGCACAAUAUAAAAUUUGGUUGAAACCAUCAGCUGAACAACAAUUUUUAUAUGGACAUCAUAUUUCUAAAUCUGGUUUAAAUCGAAUUACUGAAAAUACACCUCAGUAUCAAGGAGUUGUUAUUUUUUCCACAAAUGAUAUACCAUUAGGUUUUGGUGUCACAGCUAAAAGUACAAUAGAUUGUAAAUAUGCAGAUCCAAUGGCAACAAUAUGUUUUCAUCAAGCUGACAUAGGAGAAUAUAUUCGAUCAGAAGAAUCUUUAAUGUAAAAAUCUUAUAAAAAUUUUUAACAUAUUUAUAAUAUUAUUUUAUAAUAUUAAAUAAAUAUGUAAUAUAUAAUAUGUAUUUAUUAAAGGUUAUACACAAUAUAUAUUUUUAUUAAAAAAAUAUUUUUAUUAUAUUAAAUAUACUACACUAUAUAUACUAUAAAUAUAUUAAAUAUACUACUUA